AUGAACAUCUCAGAUGCUAUUCUCACCUAUCUGAACGAGAACAAACACACGUGCGAUGCUGAAACAAUGGUGAAUAACAUUCACACCAUGGUUCUGCGAUGGCAACAAGAACAGCAACAAUUCAUGAACAAUCAUUUCUCUACUCCAACGACUGAGAACCCUGCUCUUCCCCAAACGAUCCAUAACAGCAGCAGCUUACUCCCUUCACGAACUGCUGCUGACAUGCUCGUGGCCGUGCCAUCACAACAACCACAACUCGCUAGCCCAACAACCAACCAAACAGCAACCACAGAAUCCUUGUGGAUGAUGAAUGGUAAUCAACCAACACCGCCCCUGUCGACGCUCCACCAACCACCGAUCACUGCGGCCAACAACCAAUCGUUGCACGGCUCUGCUUACAACACUCAUCACAACACGACACGGCAACAACAAGGAUGCAGCAGCAAUACUGCCCCACACGAACAACAACAAUCAGUCAUGAAAAUCUCAUCGACCGCUACGGCCCAUCCUCAAUCCCUCAAAUCGUCUAGCGUUACAAAGCCUUCUCAUAUGACCACAGAAGCGCAAACUAUUAACUCGUCGUCGGGGAACAUUGCUACAAAUCAUCAUCAUACAAACACAAUUUCAAGUCAAGACAUUACCUUAUUCAUAAAACCUGCUCGUAAGACAGCCAAGUAUUUCCUCAUGUACAUCCCUCCUAAAUUGUAUUGUAGUCCUUACAAGUAUGAUCUCAUGCUUCGAGUUCCAACUCACAUCAAUGAUUCCUAUGACUUUAUAUUUACUCUUCGUGAUGCAGAAACCGGAGAGAAGAUUACAAAGAAUAAUAAGGGAGUUGAAGCCUAUUGUAUUGAACGAACUAAAACUCAAAGAAAGAAUUACCUUAAACCUGGUUUUUCAAAUGCUACAUUCCGUUUGAACUUUUCAGUAUGUAGCUUCCACAAUGGCAGAAAGCCGUUCAUUCUAACCAUUCAUCUCCGAAGCAAAUCCUUGAUGCAUUGCAUGAUGAAUACAGGUGGCGAGAUGGAGGAUGAUCAAUUGCUCUUAACGAGUGAACCUUUCUCUAUUUUUGCAAGAAAAGCAGGAACAAGAGGUCAAUCCACCGAUGAUGAUUGGGGAGUAGUGGCUCAACAAGGAGGAGGAGGAGACUCAUCCGAACCACACGUAGGCUCAAGUACUGAGGACGAGGAAGUAAAAACACCUAAAAAGAAGAAGGUACCUUCAUCAUUGACAAAGAGAAAGAGAGGUUCAGACCAUGAUGAGGCUAGAAGUGAACAACGAAUGACACUCACUACCAAAUCAUCAAAAAAGACUAAGAGAUCUUCAUCUAAGGUAGAAAUCACUCACACUGAGAAUAGCCAUGCGAGCAGUAGUAGCACUAGCAGCACUAGCAGCGCAAGUUCAUAUUCCGAUGAUCAUCAAGCAAAUCAUGAUCAUCAUCCAUUGGCCAAUUUUAAUACUCAACAAUUGACCACAGUGAAUAUUGCAACAGAGUUUGAUCAACUUUCUGAACCACCAUCAUCACAACAACCACAGCAAGAAGUACAGAACAACACUUCCUUUAACAACUUGUUUGAAACCGAUCAAUGGUCUCAGCUCUUUGAAAACAGUGCUCUCUCACCUGACAUUGCUCCGUUCUUGGAAGAAGAGAUUGUGUCAUGCCAAAAGCAACCACAACCACAAUCAGCCAUCUAUGAGCAGUUUGGUAGAGAUUCCAUGAUACAAGAGCAGCAACAACCCGCUGUAGAUCUAACCAUGGCGCUGUAUCAAGAGCUGUUGAAGCAAUUCAACCGAAAUACUUCUCAAUUACCUUCUUUCAUUGCUCAACCUAAGCCUGAAGCGAACCAAAAAAUCUGGUCUCAACAAAUUCAACAACCUCAAUAUCAACAACAAACGUUGCAGAACACAACAACCGUUGAUCCUCUUGAUUUGGGAAGGCUGUUGCGAAAUAAUAACAACGUUUCAUUAAGUACCAAUGUACAGCCAUCUCACAACACAAACAAUAAUUUGUUGUUGACCAUUGAUGAGUCUUUGUACACAAAGCUGUUUGGAAACAACUACAAUCCAAACCAUUACUUUUUUAACAAUUAA